UGACUCUUGCUAAGCUUGGCUUUUUACAAAAAAGGCGAACGCAAAAGCAACGCACGCAAUAAAUAAAAAGAGAAGAUGGCAGCGAACGGGCCUCUCCAGAUCCGCAUUACUGGGUCCCGUUUCCUUCUUCUUUCUUUUUCUAAGGGAAACAAAGGCAAUUUUUUCAAUAAAGUGAAAGAGAUCAUUGAAGAGACGGAGAGAGAUGUGGGUUUUUUACCUGAUCUCGCUGCCUCUAACCCUAGGCAUGGUGAUUUUGACGUUGAGGUACUUCGCCGGUCCGGAGGUGCCUCGCUAUGUCCUAUUCACUGUUGGAUACACCUGGUUCUGUUCUCUUUCCAUUAUCAUCCUUGUGCCUGCCGAUAUCUACACGACAAAAUUUUAUCUUGACAAUGGAGGCAUUUCUUUCUUUUGGAGCUGGUCAUAUUGGAGUACGUUUUUACUUACUUGGGCUGUGGUGCCCCUUAUUCAGGGUUUUGAAGAUGCUGGAGACUUCACUGUGUCAGAAAGAUUAAAGACUAGUAUACACGCUAACUUGGUUUUCUAUUUAAUUGUGGGAUCUAUUGGACUUUUUGGGCUUAUUCUCCUCAUCUUGAUGAAAAAAAUAAGAAGUGGAAGUAAUGUGCUUGGUGUUGCCAUGGCGUGCUCGAAUACAUUUGGACUUGUUACAGGUGCCUUUCUUCUUGGUUUUGGUUUGAGUGAAAUUCCUAAGAGCCUGUGGAGAAAUGCAGAUUGGACAACCCGCCAAAAAGUUCUUUCUCAUAAAAUUGCCAAAAUGGCUGUGAAACUUGAUGACGCUCAUCAAGAACUUUCAAAUGCUAUUGUAGUUGCUCAGGCAACAUCCAAUCAGAUGUCCAAGCGUGACCCUUUGAGACCUUACAUGAAUGUUAUAGAUAACAUGCUUGCUCAAAUGUUUAGGGAAGACCCAGCUUUUAAACCGCAAGGUGGUCGAUUGGGAGAAAAUGAUAUGGACUAUGAUACGGAUGAGAAAUCAAUGGCAACACUUAGACGUCAUCUCAGGGGAGCUCGUGAGGGGUACUAUCGUUAUAAAAGUGAGUACAUGACCUACGUCUUGGAAGCCCUUGAACUGGAAGAUACGAUAAAAAAUUAUGAACAUGGCAGUUCAACUGGAUGGAAAUAUAUUUCGAGCUUCAGACCUGCUCAAACUGGUAAAUUGGGGGCUUUCUUUGAUACAAUGGAAUAUGUUUGGAGAUGCAUCCUAAGAAAGCAAUUUGAGAAGCUCUUGGCUAUCAUACUUGGUACUAUGUCAGCUGCAAUUCUUUUGGCUGAAGCAACUCUGCUACCAUCUAAUGUCAAUCUCUCACUUUUUUCAAUUCUUAUAAACUCCAUUGGAAAGCAAGAGCUUUUUGUGCAGGUGAUGGCGCUUAUACCUUUGAUGUAUAUGUGCAUCUGCACAUACUACUCGUUGUUCAAAAUUGGAAUGCUAAUGUUUUAUUCAUUAACACCUAGGCAGACAAACUCAGUCAGCUUGCUUAUGAUAUGCUCGAUGGUUGCUCGGUAUGCUCCUCCAAUUUCAUACAACUUUCUCAAUCUCAUCAAUCUUGAUGCUAAAACUAUAUUUGAAACACGAAUGGGCAAAAUUGAUGAUGUUUUAGAGAUAUUUGGAAGAGGGUUUAACAAAAUCUAUCCUCUUAUAAUGGUUAUAUACACCCUGUUGGUUGCAAGUAAUUUCUUUGACCGUGUGAUUGGUUUCUUCGGGAGCUGGAAGAGAUUUAGAUUUCAACCUGAAGCCGAUGAUACUGAUGGAUUUGAUCCAUCAGGAUUAAUUAUCCUGCAGAAAGAACGAUCUUGGCUGGAACAAGGACACAAAGUUGGUGAGCAUGUUAUCCCACUGGCAAGAAACUUUAACAGCGUGGAUAUGGAGUCCGGGAGCAACGGUGCAGAUAAGACUGCUGUUGAAAUGAAGGCAACAACUAGUUUAGUCACUGAUGCUACCAAGGGAAGCACGUCAACACCUUUGAAAGAAGAGGGAAGCAGAUACAGCACCAGUAAGGAAGCCAUCAGCAACAAAUAUGCAUCCUUGAGAGAACAAAGUAGACAUGCCAAUGCUAGGCCUGCUGAAAAGAAUAUUGCCUCUGCUACGGUGUCAUUGCUUGAUUCAGGCAACUCAGAAUCCAGCAACACACGAGGACCAUCUGGUUUGGCAUCAAAAUGGGAAUCAAUGAAGAAUGGUUUUCAAAGUUUUAAGGCAAACAUAGGGGCCAAACGAUUUCUUCCUUUACGCCAAAUUCAGGACACCAAACUUUUCUCUCAUGAUUCAUCAUCCGAAUCACUUGAUGAGAUAUUCCAGAGGUUAAAACGACCAUCUAACGACUAUGGAAGUAACAGUGAUGAUGAUGUGAAUGGGAUGAUAACCGGCCCUGGCAGAUAAUGUUAGAUUUGUCAAUGGAAUAGGAACUUAUAGCUGUUGUAGAAAUUGAAACACGAUGUACAGAUAAAGGGUGAUACCCAGCUCCUACCAAUAGAAUAUUUCCUGAAAUUUGGGAGGAUGAUCUAUGAGAUUGAGAAUUGUACAUACAUCAGAAGUGAGAAGCUCAGAUAAUAUGAUAGGAUGGAAGGAAAAAGAAAAUGGGAAAAAAAAGAGAGAAAUUUGUUCACGAUGCGAAAAUCAAUUGAUCAUCUGUAGGAUGAAUUUUAACUUUUAAAUUCCAGCAGUAAAAAAAUUUGGCUUAUCGAGUUUGAUA